CUUGAGGCGACGUUGCCCUGCAACCUUCCAAGAACGGCUUCAAGAAGACGCGCCCAGAGGACCCAAAAGACUCUGUUUUGCAGGGUGAAUUGGGAAUUCGCUUUACUCCUCGAGGAAGUUUUAACGUACGUGUUUGCUUCGGGAUUCAAUGGCGGAGCCGUCCGAUGGCCCGGCCAGCUUCUGGACUCAGGCCAAUGCUCUGCUUCCGGAUUCAAUGGCGGAGCCGUCCGAUGGCCCGGCCAGCUUCCGGACUCAGGCCAAUGCUCUGCUUCGCAAGAACUUGACUUUCCAGAGACGAAAUAUCAUGACCAAUAUCCGGCUCGUUUCUUUUCCAGUUGUCCUCUGUUUACUCCUUGUUCUCAUCCAAAGAUUGGUCGACCAUGAACUGAACAAGGGUGACCUUAAGUGUGGCUGUAAAUGUAUCAAUACGAAUGGAGAUGGGCAGUGCAAGAAGGAGUGUGGGAUUCAAUAUUCCACCAUUAAACAAGCAGGAACCUGUGCCGUGCUAAAUCCUCCUGAAUGGCCUCCCCUAUUACAAAUACCGGCUCCCCAACAUCGUGCAGUAAGGACAGACUUUAUACCAUUUAAUGACUUGCCUAAUGAUUCCUGCAGUAGGAUACGGUCUUGUCCUGCAACCAUACUCUUCACAGGAAGUAAUCAUUCCCUUGGAGAAAUUUUGGUGGGGAAUAUGGUCCCAAAUUCUUUUACUCAGAAUUAUUCUGACAUUUUAGGCAGCUUGGCCCAGAAUGUCCUGGGUACUGCUUCACAGCCCGAUUCGCAGAACUAUCUUGAAUCUGCUUUUUUCUCUGACCAACCUGUGUACGUGGUUCAACAGCAGUGCACAGGAAACUCUUCAUUUUCGGUUGCUAUUCAGGAAUACUCCAAAACAUUUCAACUGGAUUUAAGUUGUGCCCAAGGUUUAUUUGUGUGGAGAAACAGCUCCUCAGCAGUAAAUGAUGAACUAUAUAAGGGCUAUCGGACAGGGAACACGGAAAGGCAAAUUAAUGAAAUAGUCGCAGGGUAUGAUUUCCUUAAUACAAAUUUCAAUAACUUCAAUGUGAGCAUAUGGUAUAAUUCAACCAAUAAGGAUGAUGCAAGAAAUGAACGUAGGUCAUUGGUGCGUGUUGCACGAUCUGUGAAUCUGGCAUCCAAUGCUUAUGUUCAGUUUUCUGGGCCCACAACAAAAUUGCUGUUUGAGUUCAUCAAAGAUAUGCCUAAACCUGAAACUGAAGCGAGGCUGGACUUCGCUUCUGUUCUUAGCACACUCUUCUUUACAUGGGUUAUCAUUCAACUGUUCCCUGUAGUCUUGACAGCUCUGGUUUAUGAGAAACAGCAGAAGCUGAGAAUUAUGAUGAAAAUGCAUGGGCUUGGUGAUGGACCAUAUUGGUUGAUUUCCUAUGCUUAUUUCCUUUGCAUAUCUUCAAUCUACAUGCUGUGCUUUGUGAUCUUCGGCUCAGUCAUCGGUUUAAAUUUUUUCACAUUGAACGACUACAGUAUGCAGUUUGUCUUUUAUUUCAUCUACAUAAACUUGCAAAUUUCUCUGGCAUUUCUGGUAGCGGCAUUUUUCUCCAGUGUGAAGACUGCUACAGUGGUGGGUUAUAUAUGUGUCUUUGGAACUGGUCUAUUGGGAGGUUUCCUUUUCCAAUUCUUCAUCGAAGAUGCAUCUUUCCCCAAAGGUUGGAUUAUCAUAAUGGAAUUAUACCCUGGCUUCUCACUGUACCAUGGCUUGUACGAGUUUGCACAAUAUUCCUUAGGGACUCAUGGCAUGCGUUGGAUUGAUUUAAGUGAUAGCAAAAAUGGUAUGAAAGACGUUCUGAUUAUCAUGGUUGUUGAGUGGUUGGUGGUGCUUUUUGUAGCCUAUUAUAUAGAUCAGGUCACAUCAUCUGGAAGUGGAAAAAGCGUUAUGUUUCUCUUUGAAAGAUUCGGAAAAAAGCAUCCAUCUUCUUCCCAGAGGCCUAGCUUGCAAAGGCAAGGAUCUAAAGUCCUUGUUCAGAUGGAGAAACCUGACGUCAGCCAGGAGAGGGAGAAGGUUAAGCAGUUGCUGCUAGAUCCAAGCACAAAUCACGCUAUUGUAUGUGACAAUCUCAAGAAGGUGUAUCCUGGAAGGGAUGGAAAUCCUGAGAAAUUUGCGGUUAGAGGGUUGUCACUUGCUUUGCCAGUAGGGGAAUGCUUUGGCAUGCUUGGUCCAAAUGGAGCAGGCAAAACCUCUUUCAUCAAUAUGAUGAUCGGCCUUACAAAACCAACCACUGGAACAGCAUAUGUUCAGGGGCUCGAUAUACAGACUGAUAUGGAUGGCAUAUAUACUAGCAUGGGCGUAUGUCCUCAACAUGACCUGCUCUGGGAAACCUUAACGGGCCGGGAGCACCUGCUUUUCUAUGGAAGACUCAAAAAUCUUAAGGGCUCUGCAUUGACACAAGCAGUGGAGGAAUCUCUCAAGAGUGUUAACUUAUUUUAUGGUGGUGUUGCUAACAAACAAGCUGGGAAAUACAGUGGAGGUAUGAAGAGGAGGCUGAGUGUUGCCAUUUCACUGAUUGGAGACCCCAAAGUUGUUUACAUGGAUGAACCUAGUUCAGGGUUGGAUCCAGCUUCAAGGAACAACUUAUGGAAUGUCGUGAAGCGUGCAAAGCAAGACCGGGCUAUUAUUCUGACCACUCAUUCAAUGGAAGAGGCAGAGGUACUGUGUGAUCGAUUGGGAAUAUUUGUUGAUGGAAGUUUGCAGUGUAUAGGGAACCCUAAAGAGCUGAAGGCUAGAUACGGAGGCUCUUAUGUGUUCACGAUGACAACGUCAUCCACUUAUGAGGAAGAAGUGGAGAACAUGGUGCGUUGUCUCUCCCCAGGCGCUAAAAGAAUAUAUCAAAUAUCUGGAACUCAGAAGUUUGAACUGCCAAAGCAUGAGGUCAAGAUCUCGGAUGUAUUCCAAGCAGUUGAGAAUGCAAAGAGUAGGUUCACGGUUCAUGCUUGGGGAUUAGCAAACACAACCCUGGAGGAUGUCUUCAUUAAGGUUGCUUGCAGCACGCAAGCAUCCAACGUGCUGUCCUGAUUGUUAGAAAAUACUAUAUUCUGACAUGAUCCAGAAUGUUAUACAGAAUUUUCUUGUCCCUUUUCAUCACUUGUAGCUACAGUCCAUCGUUGCUUUACAACUACAAUAUCCUCCGGCUCUCCUGGGUACUUCUCAACUGGCAUACAAAUUACCCUGCAUUUAGAAAGUUUCCCCUUUCGGUAUAUGUAUCAAUUACAGUGUUUCUUUCGUAUAAUUGUUACCUCCCGAA